AUGUUCAAUCGUGCAGCAGCAGCAGCUUCGACAAAGCGUUGGUUUGCCACAGCCGUACCGGCACAAGCUCCAUUGGUCGUAAAGAACAAUCGUAUUCUCGCUUCUGUUAUUUUGUCUCGUGCUCCUCAAAUCACUCGCGAUUCGACUUCGUUUGAAAAGGCCUACUUUGACUAUCGUGAAAAACUCGAACGUCAGCAAGCUACAUCGUUCCCUACCGAAUUCUACUUUAAAAAAGGAUCGCUGGCUGAGCGACGCUGGAAGGAAGAAGAGGAGGCUCGUCGUGCUGCCAUGACAGACCCAACAACGUCCCUCUCCGAUGCUGUUGCUAACGUCGAACAUGAAAUGGACGAUGCUGCUGCCAAUCUCAACAAGGUCGUCAAAUCGAGCCGUAUCACCAAGGCUGACCAAGAAAACAACACCAAGAGUCUCGAUCGUGCUCUUCAGCGUACACUUUACCUUGUCGUUCAUAAGCCCGGCAGUGAGCAACCAUGGCAAUUUCCCCAGGGACAAAUCGACUCAACUGAAUACCUUCACGAGGCUGCAGAGCGUCAAUUAGCAGAUGAUUGUGGCAAGGAUAUGGAUGUGUGGUUUGUUGGACGGCAGCCCAUUAGCCAUUUCAAGCAAGCACCUUCCCGAAAGAACGAUGAACUUGGUGUCAAGACCUUUUUCAUGAAGGCACGGGUUUAUGCUGGUCAAGUCAAGCCCAACAAGGAUGUAUCCGAUUAUGCAUGGCUCACAAAGGAAGAGUUGGAAAGCAAGCUUUCUCCAGAAUAUUACAAUGCCGUCAAGGACAGCUUAGGUGACCUGUAA